AUGAUUGGUACUGACUCUCAUACACCUAAUGGUGGUGGUCUUGGCGGUUUGUGUAUUGGAGUUGGUGGGGCGGAUGCUGUUGAUGUUAUGGCUGACAUUCCAUGGGAACUGAAAUGCCCAAAAAUUAUUGGUGUUCAUCUAAGUGGAAAAAUGUCUGGUUGGACUACACCAAAAGAUGUUAUCUUGAAAGUGGCUGAUAUCUUAACUGUGAAAGGAGGUACUGGUGCUGUAAUUGAGUAUCAUGGACCUGGAGUUGACAACAUAUCGUGCACUGGUAUGGCUACGAUUUGUAAUAUGGGUGCUGAAAUUGGUGCGACUACUUCAUUGUUCCCUUUCAAUCGUCGUAUGGCUGAUUAUUUGAAGGCUACUUCACGUCCUGAUAUUGCUGAAGAAGCUGCCAAGUACAGUAAGUCCUUAUUGACACCUGACAAAGGCAGCAACUAUGAUCAGUUAAUCGAACUUGAUUUAAACACAUUGGAACCUCAUGUAAAUGGACCUUUCACACCCGAUCUCGCUCAUCCUAUUUCCAAACUUGGUGACAACGCCACAAAAAAUAAUUGGCCCCUUGAAAUCAAAGUUUGUCUAAUUGGAAGUUGCACCAAUUCAAGUUAUGAAGAUAUGUCAAGGUGUGCCUCUAUAGCAAAAGAAGCCUUAGCUCAUGGGCGCAAAUCAAAAAUUCCAUUUAAUGUAACGCCUGGAUCUGAACAAAUCAGGGCAACAAUUGAAAGAGAUGGAAUAGCACAAAUAUUGAGAGAUUUUGGCGGUACUGUAUUAGCUAAUGCGUGUGGUCCUUGUAUUGGUCAAUGGGAUCGUAAAGACGUCAAAAAGGGUGAAAAGAACACAAUUGUCAGUUCGUACAAUAGGAACUUCACUGGACGAAAUGAUGCUAAUCCAGCGACUCAUGCAUUUGUCACAUCCCCUGAGCUCACUACCGCAUUGGCCAUUGAAGGUUGCUUAAACUUUGAUCCUACA